ACUAACUGAAGUCAGUUAGUGAGGCAGCUAGUUAACAUUAAAGUUAGCUCAUCUGUCAUUAAUACGUUAUAACCGACACACUGCAGCCAGGUUGGAUAUUUAACUGUCGUGUGGAUUAAUCUAGUCAACAAACCAACUAACCGACCAGUGUACUGUCCCAGUCUAAGCAGAAACCAUGACAGAUAUCGAAGUUCAAGUGGAGCUCCAGCUCGAAAACUCACCAUCCGGAGUACAAGCGGUUGAAAGCCGACAGCAGGAGGAGGAAAAGAGCGAGCUGGAUGAGCCGCUGUUGUUUUUGGCCGACGUUGCUCUGGCGCCACCCCGUGGUGAAGACACGGCUUGCAGCUGUGACUGUGAAGCCUGCAGCUGCCUGGAGGUCAGAGGCAUGGAGAGGAGCCUUCAGUCCAUGCAGCUGCAGCUCCAGUUCUUCAUGAGCAAAGCAGAUGACUUACACGACUGCCUCGUGAAUGGGCAGAGUCAUCUAGAGAGAGAUGCUCUUGCCGCUGUUGUACCAAGUUUCCUGUACACCUGUCAGCCUUACUUUAACCACCUGGAAACCACAGCAAGGAGCUCCAUGUCCCAGAACUCCCACCUGCCUUCUGACAUGUAUACAAAGCUGCUAGACUUCUCUCAGCAGCUGUGUGACAGGUUGGAGCAGCUGGUGUUAACCUACGCCAGCCACAGUCUCCUCUGUUUGGAUGAAACUGAGCCUAACAGCGUAUCUCACUUCUGCAUCGGUCAGAGUCAGCUCGGCCGACUGAGGCUGACAGCAUUCCGCUACUGUAAGCCAACGCCGUUCCUGGCCCGGGUCGACGUGGGCCUGUACAAACGAAUGCGGUGGAACGUGGAGAGGCUCCGAGACGAGCAGCAGCAUCAGGAGCAGGCAGAUGGAGAGCAGGGUGGAGAGAGCGACGACAGGAGGGCAGAGACAGUUGGAGGCACAGAGUAUUACUUCCUGUGCUAUGAGGACAUUCCCAACGCACAUGCAGGGGCUCAGGGCGACAGCCAAGGCGUCUCUCAUGGCAACGUGGUGAGGAUGUGGUCCAUCGGUCAGUGGGUGCAGGUGAACCCAGACCCCGAAACAGAGGACAUCUACAACUGGAUCAUGUGCGAGGUUACUCAAGCCAGCUAUCACAAGCUGUUAUUCCUGGGCAGCGAAGAGCCAUCUAGCUGCAGUGCUACAGACUACCUGCAGCAGCUGCUGUUGUCACAUCAGACAGCAGAGUGAUGGUACACCCUGUAGGAGUAUGUGUGUGUGUGUCAGUGCACAUAUGACACCUAGCUCUCUACAGCACGUGGAAUGAAACUGGACCAAUUUAGCAGCUAUUGUGAGAUUCUAAGGUGGUUUCAGAUACGUCUGGAUUUUGGUGCCAAAUUGCGUGAGCUGUACCUCACACGCCUGUAACGUAUUACACUUUUAGCCAUAGUUUUAUCAUCUCAGUCAGAUUAUGUAAAAGUUAUUUUAUACUGUGAUGAGUCUGCACACUGUUUUGUCACUUUACUCUGUUCAGUGUGUUAAUGUUAAUCUUUAAAAAGAUUUUAUUAGAGUUUGUUAAUAUUUUAUGUUUCAAAAGUUCACACGUUUUUAAGAGCAUUUUGUUGCGCUGUAAAGAAGUCGAGAAGUGUUAUUAAAAAACAUUUUAUUUACAUUAAACAUUGCAUUGAAAUAAUUACACACAAUCACAGGUUUCCAUUUUUCAGAAAGUCAAAUAAGGAAAAUUUUACAUUUUCAAACAAGCUGCCAUAAUUUGGGCCCCACAAGUGAGGAAUGCCCGAUUUACUUCAUUUCAACGGGUUCAUCAAGUUGUUUAAAUUAGUACACAUAAGCCUCACUUCAUUUUUAAUAAAUUAAUAUCCAAAAUGGGAGAUUUAACAACUUUGAGCAAAAGUAACAAAUAAAAUUGUUCACUGAGAGUUCAGCCUGCUGUGUUCAGUUUGACCUUGUGACCAUUCAGCUCAACACAUAAAGAAAGGCAUUUUACUUACAACAGAGAAUAAAAUCUACAAUUUACAACCAACAUCAUUCAUCCUCUACUUCAAUAAAAAUCUAUAAAUGACUCUUCAAGGGUUACUAUACUUUCUAGAUCUCUAAAGUACAAAAGUAAAGUGGAGUUUCCCUUCAUUACAGUGAUCAGUCUUUAAACAAUGGACACACAAACACUUGCAAAAACACUACACAGACAUGUUUUGCAAAAGCACAUUUAAAAAGUCCAGCUUUGUCAAAAACGCAGGGAAUAUAACGUGUCCUGCCUGGAGGUGCAGGGGGGGGAUUUUCUUUGCUGGAUCCAGUGGUGGGAAAAGGGCAAGAAUCUGUCUUAAGAGUCAUUUAUGGUUAAAGCACUGGAUGCCAAAUCUCUUCAUUUCAGUUAAUAAACAAUUCAGCCUUUAUACCGUUCAACCCUGGAGGGCAAGUCAGGCCCAAGAGCUGGCUAAAUACAAAACAGAUUCAAAUGGACAUGAAUUUUCUGACAACAGUCUCUUGUAGUAAUCAUCAUUUUUGUGCUCUCCAGUUAUGAUGUUAGAAAAUUACAGAUGCUGGCUUUAAAGAAUUCCCCAAUCUUUAAACUUGUGACAUUAGAGUGAAGCUCAAUAAGACUACUUAUAGCACUGACUGACAAACACACAGCAUCCAACAGACUGACAUCGACAUACAGCACAGAUAUGAACAUUUACAACCAGUGAAACACACACGUUAUCAUACCGUAGCUCAUCACAGAUUCAACAUUAAUACACAGUUUAUACCCAGAUUGACCUGAUAUUGAUACCCUCCCAGAGUCGUCCACCCCACCCCACCCCAUCCCCGUAAUAAUACUCCUCCUCCUCAUAUGACACAAUACAGUGACCCCUGACCUUCACAGCAGUAUCGGUUAAAACCCAGAGUAAUAAAGUCCUGUGUACUGAGCAUUACCAGAGCAGAGGGCCGGUGUAAUUACAGGCUAUCAUCUGUCUGUAGUGUGUGACUGAAGUAAUGUCACUUAACGUGAGCGUGAGAAUCUGAAGGAAGGAAGACUACACCUUUGGAAAAAGUUCACGUGCAGCUACAGAUCAGUGAUUUUUACCAUAAGAGACCUACUUGCAAAAAAUUAACCUUCAGCAUCUAUCAACACAAUCAUAAGCACGUAACUAAAACCUCGUUAGUGCCUGACUCCAGUGUUUCAAAGGGAAAUGCUUGCACGUCGUACUGACCUUUGGUAAGGAUGCUGGUUUCUCUGACGUCAGUCUGCAAAUAAAUUAGACCAAAGUAAUUUGGGAAAGAGGACAACAACAGGGACUUGUAACAACAGGGACUUGUAAAUAA